AUUACCUGUUUAAUAAUAAAUUAUAAAUGGAUUAUCCAGCUAAUGUAGAAGAGCAGAUCAUCCGAGACGAGAAGAAUGAUAAUGAUCAUAGUAUUGCCAAGCUGCGCGAUUCCGUGUCCCUUGUUAGGAAAAUGUUUCUGAUCUAUGGCAGCCGUUUUCCUGAGGAGCAAUGCCAAAAGCUGGAAUGUCUCCUAAAGAUGCUUGAAUCCAAAUUGGGCACCUCGGACUUUUCAUGUCAGUUUCAGGGGAAUAAGUUGGAUAAAAUUAUGCGCGUGUUAAAUAACAUCAAGGAAAAAUUCGUAUCUUUCCAGCUGCUGGAUGACGAGGUUAUUGUCAUUGACGACACUCCGGAUCAAACUGACUUGCAAUCUACCAUCGAGGGAGAGCACAGAUUCAAUCCAUCUCCACCACAAUUCCCAAUAGCAACAACAGUAAGAACCAAUCCUUUGACUGCUGAGUCUGCAGUUAUUGCGAAGAAGGAUCAUUCUAAGUUAACCAGAGCCCUGCUGGAUGACGAGGUUAUUGUCAUUGACGACACUCCGGAUCCAACUGAUUUGCAAUCUACCAUCGAGGGAGAGCGCAGAUUCAAUCCAUCUCCACCACAAUUCCCAAUAACAACAACAGUAAGAACCAAUCCUUUGACUGCUGAGUCUGCAGUUAUUGCGAAGAAGGAUCAUUCUGAUGAUCGCAGAUCCAAUCCUUACACAAUAGCAACAACUAUUAGCAACUCAGAAGCCAACUGUAUCCCUUCAAUUUUUCAGCGCAGAUUGAAUCCACCGUCACAGCCAGUGACAACUUUUUCAGGUGAUUCUUCAGCUAUUGCGGAGACGGACAAUGUUGACGGCAAGAAGUUGGUCGCGCUGCAUGGCAGCAAUUGCAAUGAUCCGCGUGGCAGGAAAUAUACCUAUCAAAAUCCAACACUAUCAACGUUCGAGCAACGAAUGGAUGUGGAUGAUGAGCUGGAAAAUGCAGAGCAGUUGCCUGAUAGGCAAAAGUCUAAAGAAGCAGCUGAGAAAAAGACGUUGGCAACUGUUGAUGACAGUGGCAGAAACUCUGUGCGUAAUAUAGUCAAUGGCAAGCGAUGUCGACGUGUGUCCAAUCUGUCGCUCAACGAGGAACAAGUCGCGUGCAAAAAGCGCAUAUUGGCGAGACUAGAGGAGGCUCCAGCUACAGCUGCAAUUGUCAAUAAGCGCCAGCGCAACACGCCAGUCAAGCUGUUGGUGCAGCAGCAGCAGCAGCGGCAACAACAGUUGCCGACUGCGAAGCGACCGGUUACAGAAUUGAACGUGGAUAGCAACGCUGUAGUGGCUCCGAGUGACGACAGCAGCUACAACUCCAGCAAGGGAAGCAACAAUCCAUCUAAAUCCAUUGAGUCAUCCAAUCAAAAUGCUACGUCCGGACAGAUUCCAUCGCCAGACGGCACAUUUAUAAAUUAUGCAUCCGGGCUUGGUCUGAGAAUCACUCGAGUGUUUAGCCUUAGAAAAUAGGUUCAGUUUUGUCCUGAACUUGUCUUUGGGGUGUGCCUAGAGAUUGGGGCAGUCAGUAUAUUGGAAAUAUAUGCCGGAUCCAUAUCCAUCCAUCCAUGCUAAAUUUCUCUACUCAAAAUAGCAUUUUAUGAAGGAAGAGCCGCUGUGCAACAUGCUGCUGGUCAGCUACGUGAAGCAUGGACGAAAGAAGUAGUAGUAGUAGUUAUAGACAGUCGUCAAAUAUUAAAUAAUAAUAUAUCUAAUUUUAAUUCUGAAUCGCUGCUGAUAAAGUACAGUCAAUAGGGAUGAACAAUUUUCGGCAUGCCUAAGACAACCCUUCUUACUACUU